CGCCUCCUCUAGUGAAGGGGGGGAAAAUUGUUGCUUUUCCGAGUGGCCGAGAUACAAAAAUGGACAAAAUUUCCUCACCAAAUGGCGCCACCAAUUUGAUGAAUUCAGAAUGAGAAAUUAGUAACUACUGCAUAAUUGGGAUUCGAAGGUUCAAACUUGGGGAUCCGCUCGGGCGAUUCACAGUAAACUUUUACUAUGUUAGGCUCAGGGCUCAGGCUCCCAUACAAAAACUGCAGGGAGACCGCUUUUGGCCAAAUUCAAAUGGGAAGAUGAGAAAUGGCAUAUAUCCCACAUCCGGACGGUCCAUUUUCUCUUCAACCCACACCCAUCAACCCCUACUCCCAAACCAGACUUCCCCGCUAACACACGACUACAUCACCUACCCAACUGCCACUACUCUAUCCUCAGCUCUGCAACAUUACAUCAAAUCUAAUUAUCCCUCCCAUGGCCAAAAGAUUCAUGCCCACGUUCUCAAAAUUGGGUUCAGACCCAAUGCCAAUCUAUCUAUCAAGUUCCUCAUAUUACACUUAAAGAGCUGCUGUUUAUCCUAUGCACGGCGGAUAUUUGAUGAAAUGCCUCAACCAACUGUCUCCGCUUAUAAUUAUAUGAUUUCAGGUUAUCUUAAACACGGGCAAGUAGAGGAGUCACUGAGUGUGGUUCGAAGAAUGGUAUUUUCUAAUGAAAAGCUUGAUGGGUUCACUUUUUCAAUGAUUUUAAAGGCGUCUACCAUGAGUACUGGCGUUUUGCCCCUGCUAAAUUGUAGUAUGGGAAAGCAGGUCCAUGCCCAUAUACUGAAAUCUGAUGUUGAGUUUGAUGAUGUUCUCUGCACGGCACUUGUUGAUUCAUAUGUCAAAAGUGGGAAGAUUAGUUAUGCGAGGAGGGUGUUUGAUAUGAUGUUGGAAAAGAAUGUAAUUUGUUCAACAUCAAUGAUUUCGGGGUACAUGAAUCAAGGUUCUGUACGAGAUGCUGAAGAUGUUUUUGAUAAAACAAUUGAAAAAGAUGUUGUGGUUUUCAAUGCAAUGAUUGAAGGGUAUAGUAAAUCACUUGAUACUGCUAAGAGGUCACUUGAGGUUUUUAUUAACAUGCGACAGUUGAAUUACCAGCCUACAAUCUCAACUUUUGCGAGUGUGAUUGGGGCUUGCUCAUUGUUGGCUUCAUUUGAAAUUGGUCUGCAAGUGCAAGGUCAGCUUGUGAAGACGGAAUUCCAUAGAGACAUAAAGUUGGGAAGUGCUCUUAUAGACAUGCACUCAAAAUGUGGCAGAAUUGAGGAUGCACGUAGAGUUUUUGAUGACAUGCCGGAAAAAAAUGUGUUUUCAUGGACUUCCAUGAUUGAUGGAUAUGGGAAAAAUGGAGAUCCAUAUGAAGCAAUUGAACUUUUUGGCAGGAUGCAAAAAGAAUAUUGCAUCAAACCUAAUUAUGUUACAUUUCUGAGUGCUCUUUCAGCUUGUGGACAUGCUGGCUUAGUUGCUAGAGGCAAAGAGAUAUUUGAGAGCAUGGAAAGAAACUACUCCCUGAAACCAAAGAUGGAGCAUUAUGCUUGCAUGGUUGAUCUCAUAGGCCGUGCAGGCAGUCUACAUCAGGCAUGGGAGUUUGUGAUGGAAAUGCCUGACAAGCCUAAUUCUGAUGUUUGGGCUGCUCUGCUCAGUUCAUGUAGGCUGCAUGGUGAUGUAGAGAUGGCAAACAUGGCUGCCAAUGAACUUUUUAGGUUGAAUACUGAUGAUCGACCAGGAGCUUAUGUUGCACUGUCCAAUACUUAUGCUGCUGCCGGGAAAUGGGACAAUGUAAGUGAACUAAGGGAGUCUAUGAAGGUGAGGGGGAUAUCUAAAGAUACCGGCAGCAGUUGGGUAGGGAUUGAUGUUGGCCUAUGAGAUUUCCAUUUUUGGCAAGGAUAUAACUAUAAUAUAUUGGACAAAAUAGAGGUAGGUGGGGUCUGACAUAAGUUGUAUUUCUGUCUUUAGAAUCACAGUCAGUAAACCUUACACUGAAUGAAUCUUUGGUUGGGUAAGAAGAACCUAGGGUUUGUAAUUACCUUAGCGGUUUGUUCAGAUAUAACACUUCAGCACCACAUUUCUGGAGGCAGCUGUUGCUCCCAAUAUUAUAGACAGGCAGUUGGAGGCUUAUAAGGCUUACUCUGUCAAUACACUGAUGGACCCAAAUUCAUUGUUUACCCAUCCUUGCAAGUACUGCCUUCCUUUUAUCUACUAUGCUCGGAAAUGAAAUUUCCUUUCCUCACUCCCACUCCAGUUGUAAACUGUAGUGAACAGACUUGAAGAAGGGGGCCUUAGCUUAGUAAUUGGUGAUUAUAACCAUUCUCAACAUCCGUCAUUGUAUGACUUUGGUAACAUAUUCAGAGGCAUGAAAACAAAUUUCAACAAUUGGAGGAGCAAGGUAAAAAGCUUUGUAGAGAGAGGAGGCAUCUCUAGGCAAACAACUAUAUUGCAAAUUGGAGGCCAUUCUCAGGAGGGUUUUCACAUCAGGGGAGCAUCAAGAAUUCUGAAUUAGUAGUUAUACAUAGAGGAAGAAAGGAGAAGAAAUUCUAAAUUGGAAGGAAAGGCAUCGAGUAACAGUAUUUAUGAAUUGCAUCAUUCUGCUUGCAGAAUUGACGGAACAGAAAAUGUGAUCGGGUAUUUGACAAUCUGCCCAGAACUUGGCGCAGUGAAGCUUAAUUGUAUGACCAUCACAUCAUCUAGCAGCUGAUCAGUUGGACCCAGUGAGGUUGAAACUCGGUUACAAACCUUCAAAUACAUAUUUUGAAAAGCUGGAUUUCAAGUGUUCAUUAUUCUGCAAAAACACCAUUGCUCUGUAGAUAUGAUGAUGCGAUUAAGUAUGCACUGAUGGCACUCUUACAGACUCCAAACACUUGAUAGAAUUUAAAGCAAGAACAAGUAGGAGAAGUUGAGCACAAAGUUGUCGAAAUGGUUGAUGGUGAGUUGUAUAUGCCGGUGUUGCUUGUGUGUCACGCUGACAACGGAGGUGGCACUAUGGUUGAUUUGGGCUCCCAUUUGCAUCAUCAAGUGGUUCAUCUCUCUAAUUCCCUGUUAAUCAUGUCCAUAAAUCUCUCGAUGCAAGAAAUUUGAGAGGUUGAGAAGAAGAAGAAGAAGAAGAAGAUCAUGUGAUACAUAGCCCCUUAUGGUCCAUUGAAAGUCAUUGUAUGAUGAAGAGGUGGAAGCUACUGCCCUGAUGCUCGGCUGAAUGUUGUUUCUGGUAAAUGCAGCAUUGUGUGAUGAAGGCUGCGGGAUAUAUUAUCUGCUAAUAGGUCUAAUCUUGUUUGUUUAUUCUGUCCUCAAGGGCAGUCCAUUACAAACAUGGUUGCUUAUGAUAAUAUGCAAACAAGAAAUUCUUAAUACAGAACUCAAUGAAAUAAUCAAUUUUUCAUUUGAGAAAGAGCUUGGAUUUGGGCUUGUCUGAAUUUGGAAAAAAUGUAAUAUAAAAUUAAAUUAAAUUUUAUCCAAAUUCACUUAAAUUCAUAUUUAUGACCUGAAAUUUAUACUAUCAAAUGUAAUAGUAUAAAAUUUCAUUUUGUGUAUAAGUUGUGUUAGUGAAUUAUGUAGUGAUGUGAAUGGAUUGAAUAUGACCAUGUUGUCUCAGUAUUAUACCCAAAAAA